GAACCCUCCCGCUCCGCCGCCCCACCCCCCUCCCCGUCCACCCCAGCGGCCUGGACCGGAGCAUGGCUGCGCUGCCCGGGAGCGUGCCGAGGAUGAUGCGCCCCGCGCCCGGACAGAACUACCCCCGCACCGGAUUCCCCCUGGAAGUCUCUACGCCGCUGGGCCAAGGCCGGGUCAACCAGCUCGGGGGAGUCUUCAUCAACGGGCGCCCGCUGCCCAACCACAUCCGCCACAAGAUCGUGGAGAUGGCCCACCACGGGAUCCGGCCCUGCGUCAUCUCCCGGCAGCUGCGCGUCUCCCACGGCUGCGUCUCCAAGAUCCUCUGCCGGUACCAGGAGACGGGCUCGAUCCGCCCUGGGGCCAUUGGGGGCAGCAAACCCAGGCAGGUUGCAACUCCUGACGUGGAGAAGAAAAUCGAGGAGUAUAAGCGCGAGAACCCGGGGAUGUUCAGCUGGGAGAUCCGGGAUCGGCUCCUCAAAGACGGCCACUGCGACCGGAGCACUGUCCCCUCAGGUUUAGUGAGUUCAAUCAGCCGUGUGCUCCGAAUCAAGUUCGGGAAGAAGGAGGAGGAGGAAGACUGCGACAAGAAAGAGGAGGACAGCGAGAAGAAGGCCAAGCACAGCAUCGACGGCAUUCUGGGCGACAAAGGUAACCGGCUGGACGAAGGCUCUGACGUAGAAUCCGAACCGGACCUUCCCCUGAAGCGCAAGCAGCGUCGCAGCCGGACCACCUUCACCGCGGAGCAGCUGGAGGAGCUGGAGAAGGCCUUCGAGAGGACUCAUUACCCGGACAUCUACACCCGGGAGGAGCUAGCCCAGAGGACCAAACUCACCGAGGCCCGAGUCCAGGUCUGGUUCAGCAACCGAAGAGCCCGGUGGCGCAAGCAAGCAGGAGCCAACCAGCUGGCUGCCUUCAACCACCUCUUGCCAGGGGGGUUCCCACCCACCGGGAUGCCAGCUUUGCCACCCUACCAGCUGCCAGAUUCGACCUAUCCAACGGCUGCGAUUUCCCAAGAUGGGGGCAGCACCGUGCAUAGACCCCAGCCUCUCCCGCCGUCCACCAUGCACCAGGGAGGCCUGGCAGCCGCAGACUCCAGCUCAGCUUAUGGGGCCAGGCACAGUUUCUCCAGCUAUUCGGACAGCUUCAUGAACCCUGCGGCUCCUGCAAACCACAUGAACCCGGUCAGCAAUGGCCUCUCUCCUCAGGUGAUGAGUAUCCUCAGCAACCCCAGCGGGGUCCCACCGCAGCCCCAGGCUGACUUCUCCAUCUCCCCCCUCCAUGGCAGCUUGGACACCGCCAACUCCAUCUCGGCCAGCUGCAGCCAGAGGAGCGACUCCAUCAAGUCCGUCGACAGCCUCCCCACUUCGCAGUCCUACUGCCCCCCCACCUACACCACCACUGGCUACAGCGUGGAUCCGGUAGCAGGCUACCAGUAUGGGCAAUAUGGGCAAACUGCAGUUGACUAUUUGGCCAAAAACGUGAGCCUGUCCACACAACGCAGGAUGAAACUUGGAGAGCAUUCGGCCGUUCUAGGUCUCCUACCUGUGGAAACAGGCCAAGCUUACUGACGGAGACACUAAAGCCAGUUAUUCUACUC